UAUUCGAGGCAGCUUUUAGUAGUUUUCCAAUGGCAAAAGAAAAUCAGCUUUUGCCUGUGAUUUUUCUCCUGGUGGUGAUUGCUAUAGCUGAGGCAAAAACUUCACCUGGGACUAGCCAUGCAAAGUGUCUAAUCAAGAAAUACAAGCACUGCUAUAAUUUGGAGUUGGUUUGCUCAACUUCCUGCCCCAAUAGUUGCACUGUUGAAUGUGUUUCUUGCCAACCUGUUUGUGUUGAUGGCUCUACUUCUCCACCAGCCUCUCUCUCUCGCUCACUAUCAGAAUCUGAUGAUGGCCAUGCAUCAUCACUUGGCAAUUAUAAUGAUAACGAUGACAAUAAUGGCAAUAACAAUGGCAACAACAAUAUCGGAAACAACAAUGGCAAUAACAACGGCAACAACAAUGAAGACAACGGCGACGACAAUGACACCCACGACACUGGCCAUCAGUCGUCACCUGGCAACAAUGAUAACGAUGACAAUAAUGGAAAUAACAAUGGCAACAGCAAUAUUGGCGACAAUAAUGGCAACAACAACGGCAACAACAACAAAGACAAUGGCGACGACAAUGAUAAAAACGGCCACGGUCAUCAGUCUGGCAACAAUGACGAUGAUAACAAUAAUGGCAAUAACAAUGGAAAUAACAACAUUGGCAACAAUAAUGGCAAUAAUAACGGCAACAACAAUGGAGACGAUGAUGGCAAGAAAUCACCACCAGAAUAUCAUACUCCUCCAUCAUAUUUACCACCUCCUCAAUAUAACCCAACUCCAACUCCUACUCCUACUCCCUCUUCACCAUCACCACCAACAUCAAGACCGUCUACACCCUCUUCACCAUCAACACCAACACCUCCUACUCCUGUACCCCAUACAACAUCACCAACGCCUCCUACUACACCCUCUUCACCAUCACCUCCUACUCCUACACCAUCGCCAAAACCUCCUACUCCUACACCCUCUUCACCUUCUCCAUCAACUCCUUCUACCUCACCAAAGACGGCCAAAUGCAGAAACAAGCACUAUCCGCAAUGCUACAAUACUGAGCAUGUCUGCCCCAGUUCUUGCCCUGGUGGAUGUGAGGUUGAUUGUAUCACUUGCAAACCUGUCUGCAAGUGUGAUAGACCUGGAGCGGUUUGCCAGGACCCUCGAUUCAUUGGUGGAGAUGGCAUUACUUUCUACUUCCACGGCAAGAAAGACCAUGAUUUUUGCCUUGUUUCUGACACUAACCUCCACAUCAAUGCCCAUUUUAUUGGCAAGAGGAAUGAGAAGAUGACAAGGGACUUCACUUGGGUCCAAUCUAUUGCCAUCCUCUUUGGCAAUCAUCAAAUCUACCUUGGCGCCCUUAAGACCUCAACAUGGGAUGACUCGGUGGACCGCCUUGCCCUCUCCUUUAAUGGUGAACCCUUGACUCUCUUAGAAAACGAAGGCAGCAGGUGGCAAUCCGCAAACAUCCCACGCGUAUCCAUCACUAGAACUAGCAGUACUAAUAAUGUCGUAGUUGAAGUUGAAGGGCACUUAAAGAUCACAGCUAAGGUCGUGCCAAUAACUGAAGAAGAUUCAAGAAUUCACAAUUAUGGUAUUACAAAAGAUGAUUGCUUUGCUCAUCUUGAUCUUGGGUUCAAGUUUUACUCUCUAAGUGAUGAAGUGAAUGGUGUAUUGGGCCAGACCUAUAGACCUAGAUAUAUAAGUCGUAUGAAUGUUGGUGCAAAGAUGCCUGUAAUGGGAGGCGUCAAAAAGUUCCAAACUUCAAGCCUCUUAGCCGCAGAUUGUGCAGUAGCUCAAUUCAACAGUGGCAAUUGCUUCAAAGCCGAAGGUUCUUUGCAGGGUUUUGAGUUACCUGGAUUGAGCUGUGCGAGUGGGAUGGAUGGACAAGGAGUAGUAUGCAAGAGAUAGGCAUAUAUAUGAUAUAAAUUGUAUCAUUUUACAAUAAGUGUCAUAAGAAUAAACGUGUCAAAACCAUUAGAGGUGAAACAAGAAAAAGCCUCUAGUGCUGCAAAUUGAUAAUUUUGUUUGGGAUUGAUAUCACUUUGUAUCAGAAUAAAACUUAAAAGUUAUUAAAUUACCAA